GGCCUACUACUGAUUAAAAAAAAAGUUGAUUUCAAUUGCUUCUGCUGCCGCAUUCACAUCCGAUUUCCCGUCCCCGACUGUUAUCGCUUCAAGAAUCGAGACACCGCCGCCGCUCGAGGACUCGAACACCGCCGCCGCUGACACACGCCUCCACCUUCCCCGCGCGAGCAGCUCCGCCGGCGACCGGCGCGCCGCCUCAUCGUCGGUAUCUCCCCACGAAUGCAGUGAUGGAGCGAUCACCAGAUCCUUUCAGUCCACCAGGUUUUGCACUACCACCUGCCACCAAGAUGCGGCAGAUGACUGGAAAUAACAACCCGUGGAGGGUCCCUGCGCCGCCGCCGCCGAAUGCACACGGUGGUCUGGGUGAUGCAAGCCUCUUCUCAACCUCGCUGCCUGUUCUUCCUCAUGAAAAGUUGAACUUUCCUGAUUCUGCACAUGGUACUCCAUUGAUGGGUGACACAUCUGCCAAAAUGAAAGUGCCUGACGAUGAUCCUGAAGAGGACUACAAGUUUGAUUUUGAUCUUCGGCAGAUAAAUGAGCUGUUGCCUGAUGAAGAUGAGCUUUUCGCGGGGAUCACAGAUGAUAUUGAUCCCCCCGGGCAGACAAAUAGCACAGAGGAAUUGGAAGAGUUCGAUGUAUUUGGCAGCGGAGGGGGCAUGGAGCUGGACUUAGACCCUGUGGAGAGCAUCACAACUAGUUUGGGGAAUUCAAGUAUUGGUGAUGGGGUUAGAGGUGAUGGGAUCAGCCCUUUUGGUCUUACAAGCACUGUCGGAACUGUGGCUGGGGAGCAUCCAUAUGGGGAACACCCGUCCAGAACAUUGUUUGUAAGGAACAUCAAUAGCAAUGUUGAUGACUCUGAACUGCGCUCUUUGUUUGAGCAAUAUGGGGAUAUUCGAACCCUUUACACUGCAACAAAGCAUAGGGGUUUCGUAAUGAUAUCUUAUUUUGAUAUCCGAUCUGCACGCAAUGCUAUGCGUGCACUGCAGAACAAGCCUCUGAGGAGGAGAAAGCUUGACAUCCAUUUUUCCAUCCCAAAGGAGAACCCAUCAGACAAAGAUUUAAACCAGGGAACGCUUGUUAUUUUUAACCUAGAUCCGUCAGUUUCUAAUGAAGAGGUUUGCCAGAUUUUCGGGGCAUAUGGGGAAGUAAAGGAGAUACGGGAGACACCAAAUAAAAAACAUCAUAAGUUUAUAGAGUUCUAUGAUGUAAGAGCAGCAGAGGCUGCUCUUCGGUCCCUGAAUAAAAGUGAGAUAGCCGGAAAACGAAUCAAGUUGGAACCAAGCCGUCCUGGUGGAACACGUAGAAAUUUGAUGCAGCAACUUGGUAAUGAUUUGGACCAAGAGGAGCCCAGAAGCUAUAGACAUCAUCAUGUUGGCUCACCUAUCGCUAAUUCUCCUCCAGGGGUAUGGGCUCACUAUAGUAGUCCAACAGAUAAUAAUGUGUUACAAGCUUUCAACAGGUCUCCAACUGGGACGGGAAUGAGUCCUAUUGGCAUGCCUUCACUAAUGUCAAAUGCUGCAAAGAUUGCACCUAUUGGGAAGGAUAACAAUCGGUCUAAAUAUGAUCAGGUAUUCUCAAACGGCAACCAGUUCAUUGGAGCUGCAUUUCAGCAUUCUCACUCGUACCAAGAUCACAGCAGUGAGCAUAUGAGUUCUAGUCCCGGGACUUUAACAGGGCCUCAGUUUCUCUGGGGUAGUCCAAAGCCUUAUUCAGAACAUUCCCACUCCCCUAUUUGGCGUCCACCAGUAAUCAGACCUGCAAUGUCAUCUAAUAGCCGCUCUCAGGGACAAGGCUUCUUGUAUGGCAGCCGUCAGGCUUCAUUAUUUGGGUCUUUAGAUCAGCACCAUCAUCAUCAUGUUGGCUCUGCCCCUUCAGGUGCUCCAUUCGAGAGCCAGUUUGGCUUCUCACUGGAAUCGCCAGAGACAUCUUUUUUGAAGCAAGCCAGGUUUGGGAACAUGGGGAAUAUUGGGAGCAGCCGAAAUGGAGGAGGCCUCGUGCUGAACAUGGCUGGCCACGCUUCUGUCAAUCCUGUUUCUUCUCUAAGCGGAAGUCUGACAGAUAAUAGCUCCACUAACUUUAGGCCGAUGCUCUCACCCAGAUUGGGACAGACAUUCUACAGUAAUCCCACAUACCAAGGGCCUAAUUCUUUUGGACUUGACAGCUCCAUUGAUUGUGCCCGUAACCGCCGUGUUGACAGCAGUGCGCUCCAAGCUGAUAGCAAGAGGCAGUAUCAGCUUGAUUUGGAGAAGAUUCGUAAAGGCGAUGAUACUCGAACGACAUUGAUGAUUAAAAACAUUCCAAACAAAUAUACCUCUAAGAUGCUUUUGGCUGCAAUUGACGAGCUUCACAGAGCAACAUAUGAUUUUUUCUACCUACCAAUUGAUUUCAAGAACAAAUGCAAUGUUGGAUAUGCGUUUAUCAACAUGAUAUCACCUGUGCACAUUAUAUCGUUCUUCCAGGCGUUUAAUGGGAAGAAAUGGGAGAAGUUCAACAGCGAGAAAGUAGCCUCCUUGGCUUAUGCUAGAAUUCAGGGAAGGACUGCACUCGUGUCACAUUUUCAGAACUCUAGUUUGAUGAACGAGGACAAGAGAUGUCGCCCCAUUCUCUUUCAUCCCAAUGGGCCAGACGCUGGAAAUCAGGAACUGUUUCCAAUCAAUGGCAUAUGCAUCCACAUGCCUCUGGAAGACGAGGUUGGGGAUCCUCUCGACAAUGAAGAGGACAACAAUCGCAACGAGAAGAUAGGAGAGAACUCCAUGGCGGGGAGCUUGUGAACAAUGAUAACCAGGAUCGGAGUUGCCAUCAAGUCUAACUGUCUAGAAAGAAGGUAUCCACCCCCAAACUGUAUAAAAGUGAGGAAGACAGGUUAGUGCUGAAUUUUCUGGUGUGGCAUGGCACAUCUAGUUUUUGUGGGUUGUCGCCCCCUGAACAAGCAGGCUCCAAAUUGGAGUUGGGAGCUUGCUAGGUUCCUCUCUGCCCCCCCCCCCCCCCCCUUUCUUGUAAUUGGAUGCUCUUGGUUGCUGUAAAUAACAGAACUGAAGUGAAUCGGUCAAUCUGUACAGUUGGAAAAUUGUGUUCAUUCUGCA